AUGGGAGAAGCUGGUCAAGGAGUAUCUGUCACGCCUCUUGCUCUGGGAGGUGGUGUUCCACCACCAAGGUCUAAUUUAAAUGGAAAGUUCCGAAGGCUCCGUGAGCGGGUACGGAGGACUUUCCGUGGCUCGGCAUCUGACAUAGGAUGGUUACAGCGCGACCCGGAGAUGCCUCCUGUCGAAGAUGGAACUGAUAGGUUCGAUUAUAUUCUGGAUGAGAUCAGGAAUGGUGAACACAGGCUUCCAAAUACUAUGGUGUACUUGUUGGUUCCAGGUCUUUUUAGCAAUCAUGGACCUCUAUAUUUUGUGGAUACCAAAAAGAAAUUCUUAAAGAUGGGGUUGGCAUGUCAUAUUGCGAAAAUUCAGAGUGAGUCUACGGUUGAGGACAAUGCGAAAGGGAUAAAGGAAUACAUAGAGGAACUCUAUACUGGCUAUAAUAAAAAAAUUCUAAUUCUUGGGCAUAGCAAAGGAGGUAUAGAUGCAGCUGCUGCUUUAUCUCUAUACUGGCCUGAUCUAAAGGAUAAGGUCGCUGGCUUGGUAUUUGCACAAAGUCCAUAUGGUGGAAGCCCUAUAGCCACAGAUAUUCUCCGAGAAGGUGUACUCGGUAAAUAUGUCAGUAUGGGAAAGCUCACGGAGAUUGUGAUCAAGAAAGUCCUAAAGGGUGAUAUUGAAGCGUUGAAAGAUUUAACAUACGAGAGAAGAAAAGAGUUCUUGAAGAAUCAUCCGCUUCCUCGUGAACUCACCACGGUUUCAUUCCGCACAGUAGCUAGCAAAAGCCCAGCGGCUCUCGCCACUUUAUCACGCGUCGCAAAUGCCGAAAUUCCUUUCACAAACCAAACCACAAAAAUCCCAGUGGUAUUGCCACUUGGUGCUGUAAUGGCUGUUUGCGCUCUGCUGCUGAAAGUCAGAUACCGCGAAAAGAGUGACGGUCUCGUGACUUGCUGCGACGCAGAGGUUCCUGGUUCAGUGGUUGUUAGACCCAAACGUAAACUAGACCAUGCCUGGAUGGUUUACUCUUCCUUGAAAAAGGCUACUUCAAAAGCUGAUGCUGCUCAAGUUUGUGAAGCUCUCUUGACAUUACUUGUCCAAGUUGAGGAAGAGAAGCAACGUAAUAAACUCGCGACCAACAACGAUUGA